CCCUUAGUCUAAAGGGCAGGGCUAGUACUAGUGUCUCAUUCCCUUAACAACGGGUGAACAGGUGGUGGUAUUACAGGGGUAAUCUGAGGGAAUAGCCCAUUUAAGCAUGCAGGAUCCCAGCGGGAACAAUGGUUGCAGAACAGAUGGUGAAGAAGAGGACGGCCAACAUACAGCCAGAACCCCCCAUGCCCAAGCUAGCUCACAGAUUUCUGAAGCCGAGAAUGACCAUGGUAACUCCCCUCAUGAAAGUCAGCCACAGGAUUCUGGUAGCCAGGCUGCGCAAGGCAGCCUUGACUCAAGGAGCCCUGUAGAGGCAAGAGUAGUGGCAGAAGAAGCAGCCAUAGCUCCUCAGGGCGAGCAGGCACCAAUUAUACCAGGACCCAGUGGAGAUGCUGCAACAACAGCUGGAAGUCGACUCCUGGAGUUUUCUGUAACAGUGCCAUUCAGGACUGCUGUGGAGGCAAACAUAGCAUGCAGAUCCCUCGCCUCAAAUGUCCAGCACCAGCAAGUGAUGGUUCAGCAGGAGUUCACCGUGAAUGACACUACUCUGACUGUUAGGUGGACCACUGAAGAUCCUGUUCUCUUCCGAACAUCCAUCAAUGCCUUCCUUGACCAGCUCUCCUUGGUGAUGAGGAGCGUCCCACGCCCAGUGUUUAUGGCUGUUUUCAAGCAAGGAAGAGGAAGAAAUAAUGAACUUUAAUGUAAUACCACCAACAAGACAAGGGAAGGGCAUUUCAUGAUUUGGGCAAUUGUCCCUUUGCCUUCAUAUUCACUGUUUUGGUCCUAUCACACUGUUACUGAAGGAGUGAAUAUUGAAAUAAUGGAAAAUGAAGAAAAUAACAUUGA